UUCAGGUGCAAAGUAAUGCAAAUAGCUAUCAGAAAGCGUAGAACUGAAGAUGAGUACAGGACAUGGUUUUGAUCAUCUCACUACUAUAGCAAAAGUCCCAUUUAUUAUCGGUGUUGCUGGCGGGACAGCUUCAGGAAAGUCAUCAGUAUGUUCUCGAAUAAUGGAGAAGCUCGGGAAAGCUAAUGAACGACGAGUGGUGACCAUAUCACAAGAUUCAUUCUACCGCAACUUAACAGAUGAAGAGACCAGAAAAGCUAACCGUGGAGAAUUCAAUUUCGAUCAUCCAGAUGCUAUUGAAUAUACGCUGAUGAUAUCGAUUCUUCACAAAAUGAAGAAAGGUGAAAGUGUUGUCGUUCCAAAAUAUGACUUUUGUACCAAUUCAAGGUCGAAGGAUUCUGAUGUGAUUGAAUCAGCGGAUGUUAUAAUUGUUGAAGGAAUAUUGAUUCUGUAUGAUCAAGAAUUACGAAAUCUUUUUGAUAUGAAACUGUUUGUUGAUGCUGACUCGGAUGACCGUCUAGCUCGACGUAUUCAGAGGGAUAUUCAGGAAAGGGGUCGCUCAGUGUCCCAAGUCCUCCAUCAGUACCUGAAUCUUGUGAAGCCAGCGUUUGAAGAAUUUUGCUUACCGACGAAAAAGUAUGCCGACGUUAUUAUACCACGUGGUGCUGAUAACAACGUUGCCAUCGAUUUAAUUUUACAUCACAUUCAUGAAAUUUUACGUUCACCGUCCUCCUUAGAUGAGUCAUCGUCGUAUGAAACCUGCUGCAUCGUUCAUCGCGUUGCGUCUUUUAGCCGGUUACAUUAAUUCAACAGUUUUAGGUAGCCUUGUUCAAGAAAUUAGAAGCAGUCAUCGUUGUUAUUGUCUUACAAUGUUGUUUUUUCCUCACACUAUACUGUUCCAGAUUUGUUUUUACGUGGACAUUAAAAUACUUGUUUCUGUUAUGAACAUCUUUCUACAUUUGUCAUGGUUUUCCCUAACUAGUGAAUCAGCA